CAAUCCGUUCCCAUUUCCAGUUCCAUUUCUAUUUCCAUUUCCAUUCCCAUUCCCUCCUUGUUGGCUUACGAGAUGCAAGGCCGUGACUAUUCGUUUCUCGGUCUCUCAUCCAUCAACAACUUGCUACCACCUCCUAAACUACCCCAACAUAGUUCUUGAAUCAGCUCCAAACCCAUCGACGCAACGGCACACGACAACACCAUGGAGACGACGCGCGAUGGCAAAAACUCUCUCAGCCAGAUGGGCUACAAGUCCGAGCUCCCUCGCAGCCUCAGCAUGUUGAGCAUUCUCGGCCUGUCCUUUGCCAUCAUGGCUGUUCCCUUUGGUCUGUCUACUACAAUGUACAUCACCUUGACUAAUGGCCAGUUUGUUGCCGUUCUCUGGGGCUGGGUCGUCGUCUCCCUUAUUUCCCUCUGCAUUGCUGCGUCGCUUGCUGAGAUAUGUGCCGUCUACCCAACUGCGGGCGGUACCUACUAUUGGUCUGCCAUGCUCAGCACUCCUCACUGGGCACCUGUUGUGAGCUUCAUUGCUGGCUGGCUCACCCUUGUUGGCAACUGGACUGUUACACUCUCUAUCAACUUCUCUGGUGCGCAAUUGAUAUUGAGCGCGAUAUCAAUUUGGGAUGAGGAGUUUACGCCUAAUCAGUGGCAGACAGUGCUUUGCUUCUGGGCUGUCAUGCUUAUCUGCACGCUUGUCAAUGCCUUUGGGUCGCGCUAUCUUGACCAGAUCAACAAAGUAUGCAUCUACUGGACGGGCAUUAGCAUCCUCAUUUUAUUGGUUACACUGCUUUCCAUGUGUGAUCAUAAGAGGUCCGCGAAAACGGUCUUUACCCACUACGAUCCAUCUGCUAGUGGCUGGCCAGCGGGCUGGUCCUUUUUUGUUGGGCUUUUGCAAGGCGCCUACGUCCUAACAGGAUAUGGCAUGGUUGCCUCCAUGUGUGAAGAAGUCCAGAACCCAGAGCGCGAAGUUCCGAAAGCCAUCAUCCUCUCAGUUGCUGCAGCCGGCCUUACUGGCGUUGUAUAUCUGAUUCCCAUCCUCUUCGUACUACCAGACGUGAAACUGCUCCUCGAUGUGGCCAAUGGGCAGCCUAUCGGUCUUAUUUUAACAAGGGCCACAGGUUCAAAGACUGCUGGCUUCUGCUUGCUACUGCUGAUUCUGGGGAUCCUCUUCUUUGCCGGAGUUGGCGCCUUGACUGCUUCCUCUCGAUGCACAUACGCUUUUGCUAGAGACGGCGCAAUUCCUGGAUACAAGCUGUGGAAAAAGGUCAACAAGACACUCAACGUCCCGCUAUCAGCCUUGCUUCUUUCCGCGUUUGUUGACUGCGCCCUUGGUUGUCUGUAUUUUGGCUCCUCUGCAGCAUUCAACUCGUUUACUGGAGUGGCCACCAUCUGCCUGAACGCCUCCUACUGCACCCCUAUCCUUGUCAACCUUCUUCGUGGCCGGGAAGCUGUCAAACACUCGCUCUUCCCUCUCAAACGCGCGGGUUACAUUGUGAACGGCAUUAGCGUGGCAUGGAUCUUCUUCUCAGUGAUCAUCUUCAGCAUGCCCGUCUCCAUCCCCGUUACCGCAUCAUCCAUGAACUACGCUAGCGUCGUGUUUGCCGGGUUCGCCGCUAUCAGCGGAGCCUGGUAUCUCGUCCAUGCACGCAAGAAUUUCAAAGGGCCGGUUGCUGCGCAAUGGCAAGGCUCGGACUGGGAUGACAAUAGAGUCGUUACAGAUAAGUCUCUUGGCCGACCAGAGACCGAGCCAACGAAAAUUGACACCAGUUCGGAAGGUGGUGAGAAGGAAACAGUUAAUCAAGAAGAAGAUAUAUCCGAGAGGGUUAGAUAUAUUAACUAAGUUCUUAUUAUAAGGUAGCAGGUAACUGGGGUUCUCUCGCCUAAUGCAGGGCUUAGCUCGAAUAAUGAGCUAUCAAAGCUGCCACUACAUUGUGAAACACAUGGGUCAACCAGAUGGAUGCACUCGUAGGAAAUGCGGGUCUUAGAGGCUAGGCCUACGAAGAACGAGCAAGAUAAGGUUGUAGGCUGCGAGGCCUCUGCUCGAUGAGCGAGAACUGGGGGCAGUUGUUCGAGAGCAGUUAGGGUAAGUUGAGGUGGAAACAGCAUUAGAUUUAUAUUCGACGUCACCUUAGCAUGGGCGGGUACUAUUCGUUCGAACAGCGAGGGCGCUAUAGCGGCGCUUUCCCUAUCACAGACCCCCUAAUUUCCCAAUGCAGAAUCGCCGACAUGUAUAUAGCUACUCUAAGAGGGUUAAGUAAGGCGUAUUCUAAGUAGAACAUCUCCUAGAGUUUAGAUAGAAAUAUAUAUUAUUAGGG